UAGAUGGCGAUAUACAGCUAGACUAGCGUUAUGCAACACGAGAAGAAAAUUAAAAAAUUCAACAUGGCGUCGUGCAGCAGGACGCAAGUGAUCUCUCUCUACAGAAUGCUUAUGAAAGAAAGUAAAAAAUUUCCUUCAUAUAACUACAGAACAUACGCACUUCGCAGAGUGAAGGACGGCUUCAGAGAGAACAUUAAUGUUGACAACCCAAAAACACUUGAUAUGCUACUGAAUCAGGCUAGAGAGAAUCUGGCAAUCAUCAAGAGACAGGUAUCAAUUGGUCAGAUGUAUUCUUCACAGAGGACCGUUGUUGAGAGAGAUCAUCAUUUAUAAGUGUCUUCUUUAAUACUGCUAUGUGUUUGUAUAUCCUUUGUGAAUGACAAAUCUGUGUUGUAGUGUACAAACUGUACCAGUCCAUGUAAAAUGUAAUGUUUAUCACAGGAUAUUGUAAUUGUAUAUGUUGAUGUAAAGUUUUAAGUGAAUAAAUGUAAUGCAUACA